UCAUUAAUUUAUCAAAAAGUUGGAGCAAUGAUAUGCAACGUCAUUUGUCAGCGGAGAAGUCUCAAGGAUUCUUUUUGGCAGAAGCACUUUCAGAUGUUCUCGUUAAUCCAAUGGGAACAAUUCAAGAUGAUCGAUCAAUCAUAAAUAACAUAUUCGAUCCGAAUUUAAUAUCCGAAGAUGUUACAUUUGAGCUUUAUACGAAAAACAAUCCUGAAAAAGCAUUUUUAUUAAAAAUGGAUGAUGUAACAGGAUUAAAGGAAUCUUCGUUUGAUUCUGAAAAUCCUACAAAGAUACUCAUUCAUGGUUGGACUGACAGUACUAAUACUUAUUGGUUGCAAGAUUUUAGACAAAAUUACUUAACAGUUGGUAAUUAUAAUGUCAUUAGUGUCAACUGGUUUCCAGCAUCGUUGAAAGAGUAUUGGAUUGCUGCUAAAUUAACUCGCCAGGUUGGCAAGUACAUAGCAGAAAUGUUGGAUUUUCUUGUCUUACAAGCGGGUCUCUCCUUGAACGAUGUGCACAUAGUAGGACAUAGUUUAGGAGCUCACGUUGCUGGAUUUGCUGGUAUGGAAGUGUCUGGAACAAUUGGAAGAAUAACUGGCAUGGAUCCAGCUCGACCAGGUUUCGAAUCUUCGAGUUUAAACGAUUUAAGAAUUCGUUUAGAUUCUAGAGAUGCCAAAUUCGUGGAUAUCAUACACACUUGUGCAGGAACGCUUGGUUUCAUCAGAUCAAUUGGUCAUGCUGAUUUUUAUCCGAAUGGGGGAACGUUUAGACAACCUGGAUGUCCCAUCUUCUCAGCUCAAUACUGCAGUCAUGCUAGAGCUCACGAUUUGAUGGGCGAAUCUAUCAUUAAUCCGUUAGAAUUCGGUGCUAUUCAAUGCAAUAGUUGGAUCGAAUUUAAAGCAGGAAAAUGCAAGAAUAAUUCGACCAUGGUAUUUAUGGGGGAAAAUGUUAAUUGGAAUGCUCGUGGUUCAUUUUUCUUGGAAACCAACGCACAACCACCGUUUGGUAAAGGUGUUAUUUGAAAAGGUAUAAGAAACAUCGAGAGAAGUGUUUAUUUGUUAGGGUUGUACAAAUGUAUGUAUAUUUAAUUAACAUGUUUACAAUUGUGGUACAGGGAACCACUGAUUGGAAAUUAA